AUGAUUUCCCUCCACCACACCACAAGCUCAAGAAUCGGCUCAAGGAAGUCCACAGCAACAAGACAGCGAGUCUCGCGCGCUUGCGACCGCUGCAACCAGUUGCGCACAAAAUGCGACGGCCAGACACCCUGCGAACACUGUGUUGUAUUUGGCCUCGACUGUGAAUACAAGCGCGAACAGAAGAAGAGAGGAAAGGCCUCAAACGCAUUCCUCUCCCGCCAGAAGCAGCGCCCAUCAAUCAGCAGCAGCAUCGACGGGCUCGAGACUCCCCUUCGCUCCCCUGCCAUGAUCAACACCUCCAGCUCCUCCUCCUCCGCCGAUAGCAGUGUCGCGAGCUCACCAAACUCGCUCCCACCUUCACCACUCUUCAACAUUGCCUCAGACGAUGACAAGCUCGACCCCAGGCUACAAUUCAUCAAGUCUGAAAACAGCGAAAGCUACUUCUCGUCAAACUUCUUCUACCACAAGUCGCCCGAAGCCCCCUCGGCGCAUUUUGACGACACCCCCGACUCCUCGUUCAUGCUACAGCCAUGGGGGAACCGCUUCGCAGACACCUAUGACCCACCCACACAGCACCCGUCGCCCACCACAACCGCGCCAACAUCACCGUAUGUGCCGCUGUGCGCAAGCUGCCAUGUAAACCCCAGCUCGAGGCUAUACCCGGCGUCGAUGUUCUGGCUGCAAAAUGGCGCAUCAACCUGCUCAUUCCCGUAUCCGGCUGAGGAUGAGGGUUUCGAGUUUGGUUCGUCUGAGGAUGGGUCGAGGAAGGGGAGCCUAUAG